GGGAAAAGGAAGCAACAAUCGCAUCUCCACCUCCACAUCUUUUUCCCCUCGAAGCCCUUUGCUACCUCCUCCUAAUACCUGAUGGAGUUCGAGCGCAACGGCCACCACGCGAACGGCGGACUGUGCAUCAAGGACCCCUUGAACUGGGCAGCGGCGGCCGAGGCGCUGACCGGGAGCCACCUCGAUGAGGUCAAGAAGAUGGUGGCGGAGUCCCGCCAGCCUCUCGUGAGCCUGGAGGGCACCACGCUCAAGAUCGCCCACGUGGCGGCCGUGGCCGGGCAAUCGGGGGCGAGGGUGGAGCUGUCGGAGUCGGCGAGGGGCCGGGUGCGGGCCAGCAGCGACUGGGUGAUGGACAGCAUGACCAAAGGUACCGAUAGCUAUGGGGUCACCACAGGGUUCGGUGCAACUUCUCACAGGAGGACCAAGCAAGGAGGCGCCCUUCAGAAGGAGCUCAUCAGGUUCCUCAAUGCCGGAAUCUUCGGCUCCGGCAGUGAUCAAUCGGGGCACACGUUGCCGCCGCCUGCGACAAGGGCGGCCAUGCUCGUCCGGAUCAAUACCCUCCUCCAGGGUUACUCCGGAAUCCGGUUCGAGAUCCUGGAAGCCAUCACCAGCCUCCUCAAUUCCAACAUCAGCCCCUGCCUCCCUCUCCGCGGCACCAUCACCGCUUCCGGUGAUCUCGUCCCCUUGUCCUACAUUGCUGGCAUUCUCACCGGCCGGCCAAACUCGAAGGCCAUUAGUCCAGCCGGGGAGGCAAUCGACGCGGCUGAGGCCUUCCGCCUCGCCGGAAUCCCCCACGGGUUCUUCGAGCUGCAGCCCAAAGAAGGCCUUGCGCUCGUGAACGGCACCGCUGUCGGUUCCGGCCUGGCCUCCAUGGUCCUCUUCGACGCCAACAUCCUCGCCGUCCUCUCCGAGGUUCUCUCUGCCAUCUUUUGCGAGGUGAUGCAAGGCAAGCCAGAGUUCACCGACCACCUCACCCACAAGCUGAAGCACCACCCGGGCCAAAUCGAAGCCGCCGCUAUCAUGGAGCACGUCCUCGAGGGCAGCUCCUACAUGAAGAUGGCGAAGAAGCUCCAUGAGCAAGACCCGCUCCAGAAGCCAAAGCAGGACCGCUACGCCCUCCGCACCUCACCGCAGUGGCUCGGCCCCCAGAUCGAAGUCAUCCGGUCGUCCACGAAGUCCAUCGAACGUGAGAUCAACUCGGUGAACGACAACCCCCUCAUUGACGUCUCCCGGAACAAGGCCUUGCACGGUGGCAACUUCCAGGGGACCCCGAUCGGUGUCUCCAUGGACAACACCCGCUUAGCCAUUGCUGCCAUCGGCAAACUCAUGUUCGCACAGUUCUCAGAGCUCGUCAACGACUUCUACAACAAUGGGCUCCCCUCGAACCUUUCCGGUGGAAGAAACCCGAGCUUGGACUACGGCUUCAAAGGCGCAGAGAUCGCGAUGGCGGCUUACUGCUCCGAGCUCCAGUUCCUGGCAAACCCAGUGACCAACCAUGUUCAGAGUGCAGAGCAGCACAACCAGGAUGUGAACUCCUUGGGACUGAUCUCCUCCAGGAAGACAGCCGAGGCAGUAGACAUCCUGAAGCUCAUGUCCACAACAUACUUAGUCGCGCUCUGCCAAGCCAUCGACUUGAGGCACUUGGAGGAGAAUCUGAAGAACGCCGUAAAGAACACCGUGAUCCAGGUGGCGAAAAAGACCCUGACGACCGGUGUGAACGGGGAGCUACACCCAUCCAGGUUCUGCGAGAAGGAUCUGAUCACGAUCAUCGAUCGGGAACAUGUCUUUAGCUACGUCGACGACCCAUGCAGCUCCACGUACCCUCUGAUGCAGAAGCUAAGGCAGGUGCUCGUGGAGCAUGCACUGAACAACGGAGAGAAGGAGAAGGACCCGAACACCUCCAUCUUCCAAAAGAUCACUGCCUUCGAGGAAGAGCUCAAGGCUGCCCUGCCGAAAGAAGUGGAGGCAGCAAGAGCGGCGGUGGAGAAUGGCAACGCGGCGACCGCAAACCGGAUCGAGGAGUGCAGAUCGUAUCCUCUGUAUAGAUUUGUGAGAGCAGAGCUAAGCACGGGAUACCUCACGGGGGAGAAGGUGCGGUCGCCGGGCGAGGAUUUCGACAAGAUCUUUGCGGCCAUCAACAAAGGGAUGGUGAUCGAUCCCCUUCUCGAGUGCCUCAAGGAAUGGAACGGUGCUCCCCUACCCAUAUGCUAAGAUAUAGAUCACAUGGAGAUGGAGGUUUAUACCUUACCACAGUACUAGUUGGUGAUGUAGUUGCACUAGCAACAGCAGGCAUGAGACGUCCAAGUUCUGCUGCUGCUUCUGCUUUCGCAUGUUCUUUCUUCGUCUUCCCCAUAUUAUUCCAGUUGUGUGUGCUUAUGCAUGAAUAAUUGCAACAUAUUUACUGAAGCUGUUAAUUA